UGUCUUGCAAAGCCACCCCUGGCCGCGACGUGGAGAGUGGCUUUCCCAGGGGCCAGCACAGCGCCCGGGGAUGGGGGUGGGUGACAGCUGGAGAUAAACCGUGAGGGAACAGAGUAGGGGCUCCAGAGAGCAGAGGCUGGAUGGAGCCAGCGUGGGCGCAGGGGGCCUCCCGAUCCUUCCCAGCCCCGUCUGAUUAAACCUGGCCUCCCUCCAGCUUCUCUCCUGGGCCCCCCUCGGCUGCCUGGGCUGGCACCAGCAAGCUCAGAGGGCUUUAGAGAGAGCAACCGGUGGGACAGACACACAAAGGAUCUUUGUUGAGGCAAAGCAGCUUCCUGGAGGCCUGGAGUGGGGGAAACCUUGACACGGCACCAGGAACAAGCACCUGGCACAAGGGUUAGAUGUGGCUUGGACAAGGAAGCCGCAGCCUAGAGAGGCAGGGCCCCUGGGUGAGCCCCCUGUGCAGCCAGUGCAGGGCCUCCCUCCCCGCCCCCGGCUGAUGGGGCAAGGGGUCCCUCCUGACGGCAGAGGUGGUGUUUGCCGGAAGCUGUGACAGACCAUGAAUCCCCAGUGACCGCAGUGACCACCCCCAAGUGCCACUGGCCACAGGGACUGUGGAGAUGGAGCCUCCCCACUGCGGGUGAACCCCUGGGGUGAGCCCAUGAGUGUUCACGUAGCACAACCUUCCUGCUCUGACUUGGGGGCACAAAGUCCUCCGGCACCAGGAUUUAGCCAGAGGGAGCACCAGAGCCCUGCGCACCGAAUGAUUGGUUCUGGACAGCAAUUGCCGAGUCUAGACACUCUGCCUCUGCCCCCUGGCCCUGCGCUGCUGGGCUCCUGCAGGUCACGGAAGAGGGCCCAGGGGCGGGGCGGCUCCCUGGGGACUUGGCUCGGGGAGUCCGCGGGGAAUUCCACUCGGCCAGUCUUCCGGCUGGCAGCGCAGAGCCGCUCCGGAGCGAGGAGUCGGUGAAGCCUCAGCCGCUGCCUGCCCGCGCCAGCAUCCUGAGUCGUGCCGGCCACGGCCAUGGCAGUCCCCCGGCACCCGGUGUCGGUGCGCGCUGCAGCCUUGGUGCAGAUGGAGCGGCUCCAGACGUUUGCCUUCUCCGUGCGCUGGUCAGACGGCAGCGACACUUUGGUGCGCAGGAGCUGGGAUGAAUUCAGGCGGCUCCAGAAGACCCUCAGGGAGACCUUCCCGGUGGAGGCGGGCCGGCUUCGGAAAUGCGACCGCGUUCUCCCCAAGCUUCCUGAUGCACCGCUGUUGGCCAGAGGGGGACGCACUGGCCGCGGGCUGGCGCGCCUCCGGCUGCUGGAGACCUACACCCGGAUGCUGCUGGCGGCUGCAGAGCGGGUGUCACAGAGCCCAGCGCUCACCGGCUUCUUCACACCACAACCCCUGGACCUGGAGCCCUCGCUGCCGCCUGGCAGCCUGGUGAUCCUGCCAGCCCCCGAGGAGCCCGGGCCGCGUCCCGCAGGCAGCCUUGCCAUCCACAGCCUGGAGGUUCAGCGGCUGCACUGCCUGCAGCCCUUCCACACCCAGGACACUCGGGGCAGGCCCUUCCAGGUGCAGGCCCAGGACAGCCUGGACGUGCUACUGCGACACCCCUCAGGCUGGUGGCUGGUGGCGAACGAGGACCAGCAAACAGCCUGGUUUCCAGCUCCCUACCUGGAAGAGGUGGCCCUGAGCCCGGGCCAGGAGGGGGCCCUGUCCCUGGGGAGCACUGGGCCCCAGUUCUACGCUGCCCGUGCCUUUGAGGGCAGCCGCGCAGAUGAGCUGUCAGUGCCCGCAGGGGCGCGUGUGUGCGUGCUGGAGAAGUCGGACCGCGGCUGGUGGCUGUGCAGGUAUGGCGGCCAGACAGGUCUUUUGCCCGCGGUGUUGCUGCAGCGGCAAGGGCUGGGUGCGCUCCUGAGUGGGCCCGGGCUCCACGGCGGGGAAGACACAGCAGAGGCCCGCGGCUCCCCGGCUCCCCCCAAGGCCUGGGCCACUCCGCCCACGGUGCCCACCCGGCCACUGCUGAGCGCCAUCCAGAGCCGCUGCUGCACCAUCACCCGCAGGGCUCUGGGGUGCCCCCCAGGGUGCCAGGGAGCCCCCUGAGUGUGGGACCAUGAGCUGGCGGAGGGGUGGGGGCCCCCUAGCUGGCAGAGCCAGGAAGCUGUAGUUCCCCAUUCCCUCAAAAUAUAGCUCCUUC